CCUCCCAAAAAGUCGAUUUGCAUAGUUUAAGAUUCGCUUCAUUCGCAUUCCGCACGUAACGGUCAAUAAUUCGCUAUAAAUAGCGCGCGAAUUGUUUGGAUUAACAAAUUUCGCGGCGCGAAAACACGCAAUAUGUGAGCGCGCAAUGUGAAAUGCAAACGGCGUCCAAUUGAACAAUUGACGAUCGCCUGCAUUCGCACUACAUUGCAUAGGCGUUGUCUUGUUUACUCAGUCUCUAUCUAAAUACAUAUACAACAAGCAAUUGGUUUGUGCCUGCGUUCAAUUAGCCUCAUCGCAAUUAUCGCUUACUUCGACUGUGCGCGGCUGUGUGUGGAAUGGAUAUAAUGCCGCCCCUAAAAACCUCAAACAAAUGCAACAACAACAAUUUCAUAAGGUCCAAAGAAAACAUCAAUGUUAUCAACUCAGCUGAGCAUUAUCCCAUCAAAGUUUUAAACAACCUGAAUAGUCUAAGGCUGGAUGAGAGCUUCUGUGAUGUGGACAUCAUUGCAGAAGAUAAAAUAUUUAAGGCACAUCGAGCUGUAUUGGCUGCGAGCAGUCCAUACUUUCAUGCAAUGUUCACAAGUGAGCUGUGUGAGAAGAAUCAAACCUCUGUGGAAUUGCAUGCAAUACCAUCGCACAUCCUGCAGGUAUUGAUCAAUUUUAUAUAUUCAGGUGAGGUGACCAUCAAUCAGAACAAUGUGCAAGAACUGAUUGUCGCUGCUGACAUGUUGGAGAUUCAUGAGGUGGUUGUGGCAUGUUCAGAGUUCUUGAUUAGGGAAUUACAUCCUUUUAAUGCUAUUGGAAUUAACAGAUUUGCUGAAGCACACAACUGUAAAAUGCUAGCAAACGCAUCCCUGCAAUAUAUCGAAGCGCACUUUGUACAGAUUUUGAACGAGAAAGAGAUCUACGAGCUGCCUAAAGAACAAAUAAUCAAGUUCCUGUCAUCAGAGUACAUCCGCGUUGAUUCGGAGUGCCAAGUGUUUCAGGCCGCACUCAGAUGGGUCACCACUGAUCCACUACAACGCCGACGUUAUGUUUUCGAUAUUUUGAAACAUGUACGCUUGCCAUUACUCUCCCUAAAUUUAAUUGAACGUUCGAUAAUGUCCUGUGGCGAUAGCAGUCUUAAAGUCGCUCUGAAAUCAAUCCAUGAAGAUUUAGCAACGCGUAAAGGAUGUUUGGUGCCAUUGAAUGUAAAACCACGAAUGUGCGCAAAGAAGGACAUCUAUGUCAUUGGCGGAUCAAAACGCGAGCCACAACCCAACUUUCAUCGCAACUGCGAGAAUAAUUAUGUUUCAGUGCAACGAUUUGAUACAUUCAAAAGAAUUUGGUGUAAAGCACCAGAUAUGUCCGUAAAUCGCAUUGUCCCCGGCGUAGCAUCCCUAAACGGACAAAUCUACGUCGUUGGCGGUGAGCAGGAGUCAAAUAGCCUGGCGUGCGGCGAAUGUUUCGAUCCGAAAGACAAUGUCUGGAGUGAGAUUGCAACUAUGAUCGUGCCACGCUGCGAGUUUGGUUUGUCUGGAUUAAAUGGAUAUCUUUACGCCAUGGGUGGAUGGAGUGGUAAUGGUAUAGAUGGUUCAAUUGAAUGCUACAAUCCAAAGUUGGAUGUUUGGACUCUGGUCGGGACUCUACCUCAGCCGAGAUUUAGUAUGGGUGUUGUCAGUUAUGAGGGAUUGAUUUAUAUGGUCGGUGGAUGUUCAGAAAACGAGCGAUAUCUUCAGGAUUUAUUGAGUUACAAUCCUGCUACGGAGGAAUGGCGGUCAUUACCACCAAUGUCACUUGCACGUUCACAAAUGGGUGUGGCAGUGUUAAACAAUUGUCUUUAUGUUGUUGGAGGUGAUAAUAGAAAUCAAGUUUUGAAUUCUGUUGAGCGAUAUUCAUUCAAAAAGAAUAAAUGGACGACUGUACCAAAAAUGUUGGUAGCAAGAAGUCGUCCAGCUGUAGCCGCAGUCGAUGGUUUACUCUAUGUCAUCGGCGGCUCUGAAACCAAAGAAGAUUUUUACCGUACGCAGUACACGAUAUCAUCAGUCGAAUGUUAUGAUCCGGUGGUGAAUAUGUGGAGUGUAUGCCCCGAGUUACCAGAGAGUCGCGCUGAAGCCGGCGCUGUUGUAAUAUAAUGAUUUCUCACGCGCGUAUCACACACGAAUGAUUUAUUAUUAAUGUCGUCUUGUCCUAUUUAUUGUUAAUAUUUAUUAAUAUUGUAAAUUCUUUAUCGAAUCAACCAGAUAGUGAGCUAUUAAUCAUAAGUAUGUUAUUGUUAUACAUAAAGAUAUAAAUUUAUAUUUGUAUGGUACUCAGUUGUUGCAGCCAAACACUUGUGGAUACAGCGCAAGUAUAAUCGCCGCUAAUCUCAUUCAAAUGCGUUUCGAUUGCGUUCCACAUUCGAUGUUAAUAUGUAAGUGAGUGUUUUACUGUGACAAUGAGUAUACGCAUGGUGAAUUAUAUUCAAUGGAGUCUCAAUUUCAAUGUACCAAUUGUACACAUUCAGCAAUUGUAAUCAAUGUUCAGUUUCUAUACCAAAAGGCAACAAUUUGAAUAAAAUUGCAAUCAAUAUAUACAUAA